AUGUCCCGAUUUAGAGGUCGAGACGCAACAGCCUUUAGUGCUUCACUACAUGUUACAGAUGAUGCACAUGCCAAGAUUAUCGAUACCAACACAUUUCGACUAUUUGAAUUUGGACAUCAAGACCGGCCUAAAUUUCCAGAAAGACCAUCUACCUCGGGUGGAAUCAAAAAAUCGACAGGAAAUUUUCCUAAGAGGGCCAAUACUGUCAAGAGGGAAACACGGGACGAUCUAUUCUUCAAUCCAUUGACAGCACAUGGGAAGGACGGUCCUACUUUUUAUAACUUUCCUCUACCUUCUGUCCGACCCCCACCUUCACCAGUCGUGGCCCAGAUGGUAGAACCUCUCCUACGACCCUACAGUCCUGGUUCGAUCAAGACAAGUAUGACUGUUCAUCCUAACGUUGGUGAAGCUGCAAUAGGUAUGGCACUUGGAAGUCCGGCUCAUCCACCAGAAAAUAUGCAACAAGCUCAGCAGUCUUUUGGGGUAGAAACAAUCCGUAUUCUCCAUCCGAUGGACGAUGUGUCUCAUUAUGCCGAUUCUGUUGUUGCUCCGAAGCAAAAGAAAGGUCGGAAGUGGUUUGGAUUAUUUGGAAGUCGGAAGGAAAAAACACCUACCUCAUUCUAUCAACUUAAACCCGAAUCACAACAAGAGUUCCCAACGAGCGAUCCUUCUUCGCCAGAGGUUAAGCGUACUGGUAGAUCUCGUGGUCGCUCAGCUUCUGGUAAAACUAGCAAGAAACCAAACAUGAAAAGAGCUCAAACGGCACCCACAACACCUAGUUUCCAACAUUCAUUCCAAGCUUCAACAUCAACAAACAUCCGAGCAGGAACUCCAGACAUUCGUGUUCAAGGUCCUAUUGGAGUAGAAGUUCUACGAUCCUAUCCUAAAGUGUCGUCCGAAGGACCAAAACUUGAUCUGGCACUUCCAUCAGUACAAAUGGAAAGAUAUAGUGUUAUGUUUGGGGAUAUCUUACAGAAACCCUCAACUAACACUUCUUCAUUACUUCAAAGGCGCCAAGCUACACUGGAUAGACUUAAGAGUGUGGAAGAAGCACUUGCUACAAAGGAAGCAGAAAUUGAGGCCCGUACCAAGGCUCUCACAAGACGCAGGGCUACCUCACCACAACCAAAUCACAACAGCCCAUCAUUCUCUCUCUUUCCAAAUACACCCUCAAGACAAGGCAAUCGUGCAAGCUCACCAUCACGUGAAAAGUCGUCGCUACAUAGAUCAAAUACCUCUCCCGCCGGCCUCUCACCUGCUAGAGCUUCGUUCGCACCAGGUUUUGAUAAUAAUACACAUGCUGAUCUUGUAUUCGAUAAUAAAACACCUACCAAUCGAAGCGGACAUGAACAUAAAGAUUUUUCACCAACGACAUCUACUAAGAAACCACGUAAACAGUCAGCAAAAUCAUCAUCGAGUUUUCCAAGACCACAACCACAAAUCCAAACAACGCGUACUUGGUCUCCAAACAAAUCUCAACUUUUAUCGCCAUCCUCCGCCGAAGAAUCAGAGGCAGAUGCGCGAUCCACAAAUGGUCAAGAAAAGGAAGAUUCAUAUAACGCAUCACAACUAACAGCAACCAAAUCAAAUUUUGAAAAAAAGGAAUCAACGUGGCAGACGGGAAACUCCAAAAAGCAAAACCAUGGGACCCCAUCCUCGGUAUCUGGAUCUAUGACCAGUGAGACUGGCACUAUAUCAUCAUCACAUUCUACCACAUCAUUUGCAAGUGCACCAGGUAGUAUAUAUACAAAUGUAGUUUCCCUGCCCGAGCAGGAAAAGAUGAGAGAAAAAGAUUCUAGGAAAACAUCACCAACAAGCUUUCAAUCUCCCCAAAAGGCCCAAGACAUAAAAAUUCCCAUUAAAUCUACGCCGGGACCACGACCGAUAAUCUCAACUUUUAAUAUCACAACUUGGUCAGCAGGAUCCGCGCCUCGCCCCAUUCGAAUUCUCAAAUCUCCUGUUUCCGAAAAUCAAAGUCCACCCGCAUCAUCAUCACGACCUUUGAUGCAAGAUCCAUUCUCGAAUGCAUCCCUUGCCUCGGGUCUUUCACCUCGUCCCUCGCUUCAAAAAUCCCCCAUGACUUCGGCCAACCUCUCUUCAACCAACAUUUCCUCACCACGCAAGAUUCCUCUCCCCGCAUCUCCUCAUCCUCAACGCUCCAUUGAAACCACCAUCUCUUCUCCUCACCCCGAACCAACCUACAAUUUUCACCAAAAACAAGCAUCCACAUCCUCUAUAACGCCUUCUCUCCUAGAUGUCCACAUAGACGAAACCCCCAUCAACCCCAGCCGAUCCCGCUCCCGCGACGCCGAACAAAAACGUCUGGAAUCCGCCGCCGGCGUCUCCAUCGCUCGCCAAAUUUCCGUGUCGCGUCAACAACGCCAAUUACUCAUCCCCAUUCAAACUAGCAAUGGUACCAUCUCCAAACGAAAUCCUCGUGGACGUUCUCCUGGUAUUACCAGUCCUUCUGAUCGACAGAGUGAACAGAGUUCGAUAUCAGCUGGAUCUGGAGUUGGAUCUGGAGUGGGGAAACGAUUCGUCACCGGUGAAAAUGUUAUUGGGAAAAACUCAAAGGGCUCCCCGUUAGAAAGUGUCACGGAAUUGAGUCUUCGCGGCGGAAUAUUGUUAUCUUCUGUCACGGGCCACACUGGUGGUGAUGUAAGGGGAAUGGGUAUCCUAAACCCGGGUACACGUGGAGAUAUUACAAUAAAGAGUUCCAGAUCUUUGACACCAACUCUCGUGCUGGUUCCAGAUGUAGACGAAUGGAGUGCGGGGAGUUCGGGGGGAAUAAAUGGAUCAAAUAGUAAUAGAGAGAAAGUAGAAGCCAUGAUGAAGGGAACUACGAGUACAAGAGGAAAUCCAGAAAUGGUUUUGGGAAAUGGUGGUAGUGAGUGGGAGGAAAAGGGUGGGAAUACUUUGAAUGUGAAUAUGAAUAAGAGUCAGGGUGCGAGAACGGAAAUGGGAAGUGGAUAUGUGAAUCGAAGGAGUGAGAGGGGGGUGGUAAUGGAGGCUUGA